CCUCAAUUUGCACACCACAUAUUUAUUGCCCAUCUUCUUCUCAGAGUUGCAGCUGGGAAGCCUCUGAUCUCAAUUCCCCCGCAAAAAAUGGAGACAAGAGCUUCUUCAAUGGCUACUUUUCUCUUCAUUGCAGCUCUUAUUGCUUCUUCUUGUUCAUCAUUCACUGCAGCUCAGUCAAAAGUUUCAUUUGAUGAUAAUUUCAGUAAAUCUUGUCCUGAAAGCCAUUUCAAGACCUCUGAAGAUGGACAGACUUGGUAUCUGUCAUUGACCAAAGAUUCAGGUUGUGGGUUUCAAACAAAAGAGAGGUACAGAUUCGGGUGGUUCAGCAUGAAGAUGCAGUUGGUCGGAGGCGACUCGGCCGGAGUUGUGACAGCUUACUAUAUGUGCUCGGAAGAUGGGGCAGGUCCGACGAGAGAUGAGUUAGAUAUAGAGUUUUUGGGGAAUAGAACAGGGCAGCCAUAUCUUAUACAGACCAAUGUGUACAAGAAUGGGACUGGAGGUCGUGAGAUGAGGCACAUGCUUUGGUUUGAUCCCACUGAGGAUUUUCACUUCUAUUCUAUCCUUUGGAAUGAUCACCAGAUUGUGUUUUUUGUGGAUAAAGUUCCAAUAAGGGUGUACAAGAAUGCAGAUUAUGCAAACAAUUUCUUCCCUAACGAGAAGCCAAUGUACUUGUUCUCAAGCAUAUGGAAUGCCGAUGACUGGGCAACCAGAGGCGGACUCGAGAAGACAGACUGGAAAAAAGCCCCAUUUGUGUCGUCGUAUACGGACUUCAGCCUCGAUGGUUGCCAAUGGCAAGACCCGUAUCCCGAAUGCGUAUCCACCACCACAGAAAACUGGUGGGAUCAAUAUGAUGCUUGGCAUCUCUCAGAUGACCAGAAGAUGGAUUAUGCUUGGAUUGGGAGAAACCUUGUUAUAUAUGACUAUUGCAAGGAUACUGAAAGAUACCCAACCCUGCCUGAGGAGUGUUCAUUGAGCCCAUGGGCCUAAUGAACAAGAGAUUAGUAAUUUCAUGUUCUAUUUUUUUUUAUUGGAAUAUAUUACAAUUUUGCUGUUUUGUAUUGAUUUAUUGAAUGUUUAGUAAUUUAUUUUAUUAUUUACUUUUAACCAA